UCAUUCUCAACAAAAACAUUAUAAUCUGAGGAAAAGAGAAUGGUGUCCAAUUAUCGGUGAAAAAGUAUUAAAAAGAAAUUUUCAUCUUUCCAAUAAAAUGCAGAAAAAAAGCGCAAAAUUAUUGGAAAAAUUUAGUGGUCCAUUUUUUAUUAAAAAGAAAAUUUCUCCUGUAAUUUUUGAUCUUAAAAAUCUAGAGGGAAAAAUUUUCAAACACGUGCACAUAAAAGAUAUUAAGAAAUUUGUAGACGAAAAGUCUACAGAAUAACACUGCCUCUCGUUUCGUUGUCUUCCCCGUCGUCCCCGUUCUCCCCGGAGAUAAGAUAAGGAUUCCACUUAAAUCUCAGCAUUUUUCGUCGAAAUAUUCAUUCAGUUCCGAGAAACCUGUUGCGAUGUCUCGUACUACGGAAAAACUUUUUCAAAUGGAAAUACGGAAGCAGAUUAAAAUCAAUGCUUUUGAUCUCGAUAAUUUAAAUUAUGUUAAUGAAGAAUUAGAUUUCGUUUUUCAAUCUAAUUUCCAUAAUGAUUUGCCGGAAGUUUCAGAAAUUGUAAAAUCGGAACUCGAACUUAGUUUUGAGCAAGGGGUCACUAGAAAAAAUAAUUUAUUGAAAUUAAAAGCACCUCUUGUUAAACCACCCCGGGUCGAGUUAUCGGGAAAAGUAGUUUGUGAAUCGAGUUCAUCUAAUAAGGAAGAUUUUGAGGAAAUUUUGAUUAAAAUAGCAGAGAAAGAAGAAGAGAGAAUGCGUGGAAAAGAGACGGAGAAAAUUAAAAACAUUUUAAGGGAUUCUGCGUUUCCAAUUGUCCAAUUGAAACGUAUUCCGUCACCUACGUUACCGGAUAUUAUUCUCACAACCAACAAGGAUCCAAUUUCAAAAAUUAAACUUAUCGCGAAAAAUAAAAUUGCUAAACAAAUGGUGAAGUUGAAGCCGAAGAAACCUGUGAAGAAACCGAAGAUUGCCAUCAUUGCUGCUAGUCCUAAAAAGGAAAACAAAAAAUUAGUUAAUUGUAUUUUAAAAUCGAGUGAGGUAGUUAAAAAAAAAAGAAGUUCCUUACCAUUAAUUAUUAAGGAAGAAAUACUUACCACGCCGGUCGUUUUAAAGAAGCCUAGUCUUGAUACGUUGUCGGAAGGUUGCCCGCAAACUUAUGAUGAUCUUUUUGCAAGUUUGCAAGAAGUUAUCGACAUCACGGAGGAUUUGCCGAAUUUGGAUUUAAAUGUGCUUAACGCCAUCGAGGUUAUCGACGUUGAACAGCAGUUUGAGACCGACCUCAACAAUAAUAUCACCAACUUCGAGGGUUCAUCAGAGGAUUUUCCAAUUCCGCUGCCUACGUCGAUGCAAGGUCGUCCAUUUAGGGUUGCGCGUCUCCCUGGUGGUCCAUGGGUGCAAGUACCCUUAGGUACGGAUCGGUUUCGCAUUCCUGUUCCGGGUGCUAAAUGGGUUCUCCGGAUAGUAAAGGAAACUGGUCUAAUUAAGCAUGCGAGAUUGGUUCCACUCUCAGGAGAAAAUGGCAACUUGGUCAACGACAACUGAGCGAGACUCUAGGGCUAUUUUAUGUA